UCGGGAUGCUCAUCGCCAAGGGCGCUUAUGAAUCCGAGCGCACAGCGAGGCGGAACUUUUGGCAUACGUUAUGCAUGACGCCGGCUAACUCUAGGAGGCAAAGAAUGUUCGGAUUUCGCGAUUCCCCACCAAAGUACCCGCAGAUCGUGGACUCUCAGUUUUCUUGGUCGAAUCGGCGAGUGCUUCAAUCGUUUAGACAGUUGCCCUUGGCGCAGAGAUCUGUUGUGUUGACGGAGAAGGGAUAUAUCGGCGAGACGGCAUAUCCGAGACGUGUGAGAAAGGGUGAUGUGGUGUGUGUAUUCUUUGGUUGUCCGGCUCCGAUUGUGCUCAGGCCUGUGGAUGCUUGCUAUUUGGUAAUUGGGGAUAUAUACCUGGGGGGAAUUAUGUAUGGUAAAGCGAUGAAAGGUCUAGAUGAGGAAAAGGCUAGGUUGCAGGACUUUGAGCUUAUUUGAUGCUGUAUUGGGCGUCUAGCAGCCACGCUUUCAAGCUCUUGGAAACGAGGCAACUGAGGGCGGCACGAAAUCCGGACCAAGAUCUUUCGGACUCGGCGAUGCAAGUCGAAAGUGAAAG